AUGCCACUCACAAUACAACUCGACGAUCCCCGUCCGUGCUACUUUGGCAAUGAGGCAAUCCGCGGGCGUGUUCUAUUCGAGUCGUCCACUGUGAUCAACAUUCAAGAUAUCAGGGUAAACUUCACCGGAGUCUCCAAAGCCAAAGUCCAAAAGGUCAAAGGAGCCGGAGCGCCAGCAGCAAACUACCGCAGCAAAUGCGUACUUUUCGAAAAGGAGAAGAUUCUACUUCAUCUGAACGGCGAAGCUCUGAGCCCUGGUACAUACGAAUGGCCGUUCGAAUUCAUCUUUCCAUCAGCAGUGCAGGGCUCAUCGAAGUGGACGCAAAGCCGUCCAUUCCGCAGUGAUGCGGGUCAUCCGCUGCCGCCGACAUUUGCGAUAGAGACCGGGGAUGAAUCGAGAAAGGUGAAAUGUGGAAUUGAAUAUCUCCUGCAAGCAAGGAUUUCGAAACCACAGGGAGGUAUCAUACCGACCAACGCUGUAUUAUUUGUAGAGGAACUGCGACUGAAAUUCAUCCCCGACUGCGCUCUAUCUGACGGCCAUGAUAGCGGAUAUUCCGAGAUAUACAGACAGCAGAAAGAGCAGAUCUUCAAUAUCAGCUCCAUGCUUUUACUCCCGGAAAAUAGAGGUCGCACCUUGAUCAUGCAAGAAAAACUCCACAGCUGGGUGUUUCCCAGUCAACUACCACGAUUCAGCUUCACGGCCUCGUUCUCCUAUCCUACGCGCGUGCUCCAGGGUUCGCCUCUGCAGUGUUUGUUAGAGAUCACUCCUCAUAUAGAGAGUUCAUCCAUCACCGCUCCCCCGGAUAUUGUGAUGAAAUCAAUGUCCCUCACGGUAAACAGUCAAACAGCCGCGCGAGCUUCACCGUCUUUAAUAGGCGCGAUGUCGGCAGAUAUAAACGACCGAAUCGACAUCUUAUCCAAGACUGGCCUACAUAUUCCGGUGACUGGGGUGGUAGACGUGGGUGAACUAUUCGGACCUCUCUUAUUCAAACACACCGAUGUAUCUUUUAGCACGUUCAACAUCAGCAGACAAUAUCGGCUGGGCGUGAAGAUUGUAUUCGACUGCGCGGGAAAGACGAGCGAGCUAAACUUUUCUGACCUGUUGUUUGAUGUUGUGGCCGUUUACAAGAGACCUGAAAAGAAGGACCUCGCGUUUGAAACUCUGCAAUCCGUGGAAGAUGCUCCGCCGUUGUAUACGCCCGGUGAUGAGCGGCGGCAUCAAUAUACCCCGGACAUCUUGCGGGCAGGGCCUGCGAAAGUUUGA